UGUGCUGCCACUUGAUCGCAGUAGGCAUGCGGCUUGAUACUCCGGUCAAACGCCGCAAGAGACUCGAGGCUCGCAAAGGGACGGGAAUAGGAAGGACGAGGCCGAGGAGAGAGAGCCAUUGACGAGGGGGGAAUUUGCACUCAGAACGUGCCAUCGCCGCCCUUCGCCAACAGAUAAAAAGGGCGUCUGAUGUCGCACCAUCUGGAAACUCCCCUCAGAAGCAAGCCAAGGAGCACUCGCGCCCACCACUCCUCUCCGCCAGCCCACCACCUUCCAUCAGCCCGGCUGUCGUUCUAUAAGAGAGCGUGACUGACUCCCUUGCUAGACUCUCACCUCACCUCACCUCACCUCUCUCUACUACCACCUCCACCACCACCACCACCACCCUCGCAUACAAAGCUGCAAAAAUGGCUUUCGGUGCCGACCUCGACAACUACACCAAUGCCCACACCACUCUCGGCCUGCUCGAGAAGAAGCGGGGCGCCCGCUUCCUCGGCAUCUCCUGGGGCGAGGUCAAGCUGCUCAUGAUCGCUGGUGUUGGUUUCCUCAUGGACGCCUACGACCUGUUCAUCAUCAACAUGAUGUACGCAGUCAUCAUCGUCGCCUACCCCGAGUUCCACGCUACCAAGACACGCAAGGCCAACGUCACCUGGGGUCUCGACGGUGGUGUGCUCAAGGCCUCGGCCAACAUCGGUAACGUCCUCGGCCAGGUUCUCUUCGGUUUCCUCGGUGACUACUUCGGCCGCUCGGCCGUCUACGGCAAGGAGCUCAUCAUCAUCAUCGUCGGUGUCAUCAUGAUCAUCAGCGCGCCCGACUACCUCGGCGGUGUCGGUGUCACUGCCUGGAUCUUCGCCUUCCGUGUGCUCAUGGGUAUCGGCAUUGGCGGUGACUACCCCAUGUCGGCCUCGGUUGUCUCGGACCGUGCCAACCUCAGGAACCGCGGUCGCCUGCUCGCCAUCAUCUUCUCCAACCAGGGCUGGGGCAACCUGCUCGGUGCCAUCGUCGCCGUCGUUGUCAUUGCUGCCUACCGCGGCCCCGUCCUCGCCGGCGACCUGCACAAGCUCUCGGGCGCCUGGCGCAUCAUGCAGGGCCUCGCCCUCAUCCCCGCCUUUGCCGUCCUCUACUUCCGCCUGACGCUCGUCGAGUCCACCCGCUUCACCCAGGCCCGUGCCAUCCAGGACGACCCCGAGCUGCUCAACAAGGCCUCGGCUGCCGGUGUCAUUGUCAGCGAGGACGAGUCCGAGUACGCUGGCAACGGCGAGAAGAAGCUCAGCUCGAGCAACUCGGACAUCAUCGCCCCUGAGCCCGAAGCCGUCGGCCUCAAGCUGGCCACCGUUGGCAAGAAGCCCAAGAACGAGUUCUUCGAGUACUUCAGCAACCCGCGCCACGCCCUCACCCUCUUCGGCACCGCCGCCUGCUGGUUCCUCGUCGACAUCACCUUCUACGGCAUCAACCUCAACCAGUCGUCGAUUCUCACGGCUAUUGGCUUCACCAACGGCAACACCUACGGCAAGCUCAUGAAGACCGCUACCGGCAACCUGAUCAUCACCGUCGCUGGUUUCCUCCCCGGCUACUUCUUCACCAUCGGCCUCGUCGACGUCGUUGGCCGCAAGCCGAUCCAGAUCAUGGGCUUCACCAUGAACGCCCUCUUCCUCGGCAUCCUCGCGGGCAAGUACAACGAGUACAAGGCACACACCAACCAGAUCUUCCCCCUCUUCGUCUUCCUCCAGUUCUUCUUCAACUUCGGUGCCAACGCCACCACCUUCCUCUACCCCGCCGAGGUGUUCCCCACCGCGGUCCGCGCCACUGCCCACGGUUUCUCGGCCGCCUGCGGCAAGUGCGGUGCCAUCCUCGCCUCGCUCCUCUUCAGCUACCUGUCCAACCAGCCCUUCGGCACGGCCAACGUCUUCUGGAUCUUCUUCGGUAUCUCCAUCCUCGGUGCCAUCAUCACCAUCGUCUGCCUGCCCGAGACCAAGGGUGUUGACCCCGACGAGAAGUACCGCCAGGAGCUUGCCGAGAAGAACGGCCUCGGCCAGGAGACGGCUGCUGCCCUCCACUAGAUUCGCCUUCGCUCCUCCUCCUCCUCCUCCUCCUUGUAUACAAAAGAGCAAGUCAUUAUUCUUCCACUUCACACAACAACAGCCCUUGCCCAACCCUUAAUCUGUCUAUAAAUGCCUUGCGCUUCUCUUUUCUUUUUUUGUCUCUUCCUCUUGGGCUUUUCUCCUCUUUUCGUAGCUUACCCGCUCUACGAGUACUUGCUUGCGCUUUGGAGACGUCAUCCUGAUGAAAUCCUCAUACCAUUUCAUGAUC